AUCACGGGACAUGUAAUCCGGAAACCGUGAGGCUAAACUCCUCCCAACCGCAGAGAAGCCAUAUUGAAAUAGAAAGAGGACGAGCGUCGAUGUAUCACCAUAUCCCUGUUAAACUUACUGUCUGAUUUUCAUACUGCACUCAGUCAACAGACAGAAGGGCUCAUCAUCGCGCUAAUCUACCAAGCCAAUCAUUUCACCAGAGGUGUCAAGAGAUGAGCAGCAACAGUAACAAGAGGGCACCAACCACAGCAACGCAAAGACUAAAGCAGGAUUACCUGCGCAUAAAGAAAGACCCUGUGCCUUAUAUUUGUGCAGAACCUCUUCCGUCCAAUAUUUUGGAAUGGCACUAUGUUGUACGAGGUCCAGAGAAAACCCCCUAUGAAGGUGGUUAUUAUCAUGGAAAGCUCAUUUUCCCACGGGAAUUCCCCUUCAAGCCUCCUAGUAUUUAUAUGAUAACGCCAAACGGAAGAUUUAAAUGUAACACAAGGCUGUGUCUCUCCAUCACGGACUUCCACCCGGACACGUGGAACCCCGCCUGGUCCGUGUCCACCAUCCUCACAGGCCUGCUCAGCUUCAUGGUGGAGAAAGGGCCCACCCUCGGCAGUAUCGAAACCUCAGAUUUUACAAAAAGACAACUAGCUGCCCAGAGCUUGGCUUUCAACUUGAAGGAUAAAGUUUUCUGUGAGCUGUUUCCAGAUGUUGUUGACGAGAUCAAACAGAAGCAGAAACUUCAGGAGGAGCUGAGCACCCGGCCCCAGGCCCUGCCCCUCCCGGACGUGGUGCCCGACGGGGAGGCCCAUCACGCCCAGAACGGCAUCCCCGCCCUCAACGGGCACGCGCCCCUGCCUGGCGGCGCGGGGCCCCACCCCGCCGGCCUCCAGCAGGCCAAUCGCAAUCACGGACUCCUGGGAGGAGCCUUAGCAAACUUGUUCGUCAUCGUGGGCUUUGCGGCCUUCGCCUACACGGUGAAGUACGUCCUGCGGAGCAUAGCGCAGGAAUGAGGGGC